CAAAAGGUUGUGGUGCCCCUGUGCCACCCCAGACAAGCCUAGCCAAGGACGAGCUUCGCUGGAGGAAUUGAGCCUAGGGGCUUCUUCUUACGAAGCCCUUCAGCAGACACAGUCCACUAGCUUCAUCAACUUAUUUAACAAAAGAGGAGAAUGAGGCCCAGAGAAGCCAAGUGACUUGUCCCAGGAUACACAGCAUCAGCACCAGAGUCAGGACUUAAAAGAACCCAGAUCUCUUGGGUCCCAGACCCACUCACUGGACUAAGUUCAAAUCCUACACUGUCCCAACUUAGCUGUGUGAUCUUGGGCAAGUAACUGCCCCUCUCUGAGCCUCCUCACCUGUCAAAUGGGGGUAGUUAUUGGACUUCCAUCAUAGGUUUGUUGUGAAAAUUGAGUGAAAUCCAUCUACCGGGCACUGGGCCAAGUUUGCUGGAGGCGUUGGCUUAGUCACGCCUCCCAGCAGCCCCAGUGCUGAGUCCAGCUUGCAGCCACCCUACCCUUGCAUCCAGGCUCGAAACUGGCCUCUCCUGAGCCCAAGCCUCUGUGCUUUGCACAGAUCUCCAGCCUCUGAAGAUUUCUGGUUCCCAUCUUGGGUGCUGGCAGACCAGGUCUGGGGAUCAAGGGACUUGCCUCUCCCACCUUGCUCUUACACAGAAGAGGGGCUGAGGAAUUAAUGCAGCAACUGUGUACCAGACAUUGGAUCAGGCACUGGAGAUGACCAAUGGUGGAAGAUACAUGUCGUUUAACCAGCAGAUGAAGAAAUAAGAACAUUAAUGGGACCUCCCUGGUGGUCCAGUGGUUGGGACUCUGUGUUCUCAUUGCUGAGGGCCUAGGUUCAAUCCCUGGUCAAGGCACUAAGAUCCUACAAGCCUCACCAUGUGGCCAAAAUAAGAAAAAGAAAUAAGAACAUUUCAGAGAGGGACACGUCUGUGAGGGCAAUAAUGUGAACACGAGUAGCACUUCGACCAGAAUGAUCAGGGAAGGCCUCGCAGGGGAGGUGACCUUUGAAGGAACAUUUAUAACAACUACUGGAGUUCAAUAAACUCAGCACAGUGCCUGGCUUGCAAGAGGGAAACACACAAGUCUUGCUGGUUGGUUCUGGGAUGGAAGAGGAGCUUGCCAAGGGUUCCUGCUGACAGGCUCCUGGGACCAUGGGCCUUGGGCCCUGAGGACACAGGGCUCCCUGUGGCCAUGACGACGGGUGACUGUUGUCACCUCCCCGGCUCCCUGUGUGACUGCUCCGAUAGCCCUGCCUUCUCCAAGGUCGUGGAGGCCACAGGCCUCGGGCCACCCCAGUAUGUGGCCCAGGUGACUUCAAGGGAUGGCCGGCUCCUCUCGACCGUCAUCCGGGCCUUGGACACACCAAGCGAUGGUCCCUUCUGCCGGAUCUGCCAUGAGGGGGCAAAUGGGGAGAGCCUACUGUCUCCAUGUGGGUGCACUGGCACGCUGGGCGCUGUGCACAAGAGCUGUCUGGAGAGGUGGCUUUCCUCGUCCAACACCAGCUACUGCGAGCUGUGCCAUACAGAGUUUGCAGUGGAGAAGCGGUCCCGAUCUCUCACAGAGUGGCUGAAGGACCCUGGGCCUCGGACAGAGAAGCGGACGCUGUGCUGUGACGUGGUGUGCUUCCUGUUCAUCACGCCACUGGCCGCUAUCUCAGGCUGGCUGUGCCUGCGAGGGGCCCAGGACCACCUCCGGCUCCACAGCCAUCUGGAGGCCUUGGGACUGAUCGCCCUCACCAUCGCCCUGUUCACCAUCUAUGUCCUCUGGACGCUGGUCUCAUUCCGCUACCAUUGCCAGCUGUACUCUGAGUGGAGAAGGACCAACCAGAAAGUGCGCCUGAAGAUGCAGGCUGAUGGCUCCGAGGGCAGCCAGCACUCCCCACUGGCGGCUGGACUCCUGAAGAAGGUGGCUGAGGAGACGCCCGUGUGAAGGCCGGGUCGGCCUUGCCAUCUGGGCUGGAGGCAGCUGGCAAUGCCCUGGUGUUCAGAAGGACAGAAACUGCCUGACCCUUCCUGCACAGCCGGAGCGCUUCUCAGGCCAAGAGACGCCGAGCGGAGGAGCCGAUUCUGUGAUUCCUGAGUGAAGCUGUUUUCAGAUUGAUUUUGCACACUCUCGUAUGCAAGGAUGAUGAACAGACAGACGUGGUCCCAAGCUCCGGAUGGAGCAGGCACCCUGAUCUCCUUCUGAAGUCUCCUUGGCCCCUCCUGGGCCACCAGUCGUGGCCAGAGGCAAGUCUUGAGUGCCCAUCGGGCCGAGAGGCUCUGCAGGCUUCUUGCAUUUUCCUGCACCUGGCAGGCUCGCUUUCCAGGCACCCUUGACUUUAUAACGUUGCACCACAUUUCAGAACACCCCCCCUGCGAAUGAAUAAAAGAAGCCCCUUGCUGGACAAAA